AUGAAAGCCUCAAUCCUCUCUCUUCUUUCCGCGUCGUCGGUGGCGCUGGCCUCGCACACCGGCGGGAAAAUCAUGGGCGGUCUGAUGACGCACAAGCUGGAGACCCGCCAGCGGGCCCGCGACCAGGGGUUCUUCAGCUUGAACAAGUAUCCCGAUGCGGGCGCAACGGCCUGCAAGGAUGGAAAGGCUGGCGAGUACUCUUGUGAGAAUGUCGACUUGCUGGGCUUCAUUAGCCAUCAGGCGAUGGAGAGCAAGACCCGUGAGGGCAACGAUGUGUGGGGCUGGACGUCUGAGGACGGGCGCGAAUUCGCCAUCGUGGGCCAGACGGACGGCACGGCGUUCGUGGAGGUCAUGGAGGACGGAAGCCUCGAGUAUGUGGGCCGGCUGCCGACGCAGACGGAGUCCAGUCUCUGGAGAGACAUGAAGGUGGUCAAAGACCAUGUCUACAUUGGGUCUGAGGCCGAGGGGCACGGGCUUCAGGUGUUCGACCUGACCAAGCUCGUGAAAGCAAGCAGCAACAGCCCGACGACUUUCACCAUCGACGAAGAUCUGAAGGCGUGGUAUAAGGACUUCGGUAGCUCCCACAACAUCGUCGCUCACGAGGAGACCGACAUGAUCUAUGCCGUUGGCACGGACAGGGAGGGCGACUGCGCGGGAGGUCUGUGGAUGGUUGACGUUUCGGACCCGGCGAAGCCGACAUCCCCAGGGUGCGCCAACGAAGAUGGCUACGUGCAUGAUGCGCAAUGCGUCAUCUACGCCGGCCCCGACAAGCAGUACACCGACAAAGAAAUCUGCUUCAACUACAACGAAGAGACGCUCACAAUCGUCGACGUAACCGACAAAGCCAAGCCCGUCCAGAUCUCCAAGACCCCCUACGAAGGCGCCGCCUACACCCACCAAGGCUGGAUCGCCACCGCCGACAUGAAGUACCUCCUCCUCGACGACGAGCUCGACGAGCAAGAGAAGACCGGCGCCGCCGAGAACGGCCACACAACCACCUACAUCUUCGACAUCACGGACCUGGCCAAGCCCAAGUACACGGGACUGUACCAGUCGCCCGUGCGAUCGAUCGACCACAACCAGUAUGUCAUCGACGGGCUGACCUACCAGAGCAACUAUGGUAGUGGGCUGCGGAUUGUUGAUGUCAGCUCCAUUGCGGAGGACCCCACGGGUAAGGGCUUCAAGCAGGUGGGCUUCUUUGAUUGCUAUCCUGAGGAUGAUGAGGCUGGGGGUGAGGUUGAGUUCGUGGGCAGCUGGAGUGUCUACCCUUACUUCAAGAGUGGGACUCUCAUUCUGAACAGUAUCGAGAGGGGACUUUAUGCGCUGAAGUACCAGGGAUGAUUUAUCUCGGUGGAUUUGCAUGGGGAGUUGGGCUAGGAAUAAACCAUAUGACUGAGAUUGGUACAUUCAAUAGCAUUGGAGCUCAAUAGCAUUGG